AUGUCCCAGUCGACCCCUCAACCCGCUAACCCUCCACGCAAUGUGCCCAAAAAGAGAGAGCCAAUGUCCCCUAUUCUGGCGAAUAUUCGCUCGAAUGCUGUACUCGACGAUGAUGCUGCUAAACUACUGAGCAAUAUUCAGCAUAUUCUAGCUGCUAAAGCCCCAGAAGCACUUCCUCUAUUAGUUCAACUGCUUACGAAGCUAUCUUCUCUAUCCCUGGAUGCAGUUCAUACCGAGAAACGAGAGCGUUUCAUCGUGAUUCAUGGUAUCCCGGAAGCCGACGCUGGCUUAUCCGCAUCACUUCGACAGCAGUCUACAGAAAGGUGUGUUUCCAAGAUUCUCGACGUUCUUGACAUCGAAAUCCGACCAAUUGGGGUGUUCCGAAUGGGCAAAGUUGGCCAAAAGCCCAGAAUGAGAUCAAAUGGGUCUUUACUCCCAAAAUUUACGUUUCAAACUCUUUCUAAAAACUAA